AUGUCACUUGUGGGGGCCACACGCACCGCUGAAACCACUCCGACAGAGCCGGUCCGCAACAUGCGUACCUCACUCCUCUUUCAUGCCCUCGCAGUCGCGAGCAGCAUCGCUGGCUCGCACGCUGCGCCAUCUCCAGGCUGCUCGAGUGGGGGUGCUUUCGUCCCAGACUCGGUCGUCAACGUGACCGUCGGUGACGACCGCUACUAUCUGGUGUACAUCCCCGUCAACUACGACCCCGAGGAGCCAGCGCCGCUGGUCUUGUCCUUCCAUGGCGGCUCGCGCAUCGCGGAGCAGCAGCUCAAUCUCGACAAUCUCACUUCGAAGGCGUUCAAUAAGGACUAUAUAGUCGCUUACCCCAAUGGCGUUGACAAAACAUGGUUCGGAGUUCCCGGCGUGACGACGGACGACGUCGGCUUUACGAUGACCGUCAUUGACGAGAUCUCUGCAGCCUACUGCGUGGACACGGCACGCAUCUUCGCGACGGGCAAGUCGCAGGGCGGCGGCUUCGUGGGCCAGCUGGCGUGCAACACGACAGCGUCGCAGCGCAUCGCGGCAUUCGCGCCCGUCUCAGCGGCCUUCUACGUCUCAGCGCCGGUGUUCGGCAACACGUGCAAGCCCGCGACAGUCCCGAUCAAGCCGUGCGCGCCGGGCCGCGCUGACAUCCCCAUCCUCGACUUCCACGGCGGCGCGGACGGGACGAUCAGCUACGGCGGGGGCCCGCGCAAGGGCGGCUGCCUGCCGACGAUCCCGCACUGGGCGCAGACGUGGGCGGGCUACGACGGGCUGGGCGCGGCGAAUGCAUCGCGGCCGCUGACGGACGAGGGCGCAGUGCUGUACGAGUGGGGGUCCGCGGAGGGCAAGAGGGGGCUCGUCAGCCAUGUCUUCUCGGGCCCGGACAUCGACCACUCGUGGCCGUCGACGUUCAAUAACCCCGAUAACAUCCUGCACAAGGACGGCCCGGCAAGCUUCAAUGCAACGACGAUGAUCCUGGAGUUCUUUGAGAAGUAUCCGCUGCCGGAGCGUAGCCAAUAA